AUGAACGGAGUCUCUUUGGAAGAUCUGCAGAUACUGAGAGUUGUAUUUGGAAUUUUCCCUACAUAUCGUGACAGUCCAUUGCCAGCAGCUUUUGAUCGCGUUUUACAGUUUGGUGAUGCUAGCGGCAUACAGUCACCAGUUUCAUUUGGUGGUUUUGGGAGCUUGACCAGGCACCUUGAGAGGUUGUCAACUGGAAUAUAUGAAGCAAUCACUGGCAACUUUCUUGACUCUGACAACUUGUCUUUGCUGAAUCCAUACAUGCCCAACCUUAGUGCAGCAUGGUUGUUUCAAAGGGCAAUGUCAGCAAAGCAACAGUAUGAUGUUUCUCCUGAUUUCAUCAGUGAGCUUCUUUAUGUCAAUUUCCAGAGCAUGCAGAGGCUAGGUGAUCCAGUACUAAGGCCAUUUCUUCAGGAUGUUAUACAGUUUGGGCCUCUUGUCAAGACAUUAGGCCUUGUUAUGCUGAGUAAACCUCAAAUUCUUCCAUCAAUUUUCAAGCAGGUUGGUGUUCCAGUGCUGCUUGACUGGUCUGGACAUUUUGUCAUGUUGGGUUACUAUACAUUUCUGUCAACCUUCAUUGAUCCUGCAAUUAGGCCACUGAUGAAUGCAUUUCCAGCCAAGAUGAAGUACAAGUGGAAGCGGUAUCUUGAGGCUUGGAAAUAUGGAGCUGGUUUAGAUUACAAGCAAUGAAGAGUCACUCAAAGAUGACUGAAAGCCAAGGAUGAGGAAAUGGAGUGAAGAAACCAGUAUAAUUGCACAGUUUCCACAGGGUUUCUAUCACCUCGAGACUAGGAAGGGAACUCAGAGAGAAAAAACUUCAUCUAUGAGAAUCAAUACAUCCAAAUAAACAUCAGCAUAUAUACUAAAUUGAAAUGGCUUGUAUUGGACAAUUUCUUUGAUUUUACACCUUUUUAUUGACUAAUCUUUCAAAAAUUGAAAGAAAUUGGCCAAUCAAAUCACUGAUGUAUACAAUACUAGAGAUUUGUUUAAACUUCAUCUAUGAGAAUCAAUACAUCCAAAUAAACAUCAGCAUAUAUCCUAUAUUGAAA